ACAUAACCUAAAAAAAGUUACAGAAACCUGUAAAAAAAUAACCCAACCCAUGUUUUGUCAACAACUGGAUGAUUAAUCCAUUAUUUUAAUUAACACCAAAAAAAGAACAUUAAACAAUGUUUAAAGUUUCACUAAAACACCUAAAUAUCUUCUUCGUCUUAUUCAUAUCGUUAUUUUUAACAACAGAAGCGAUAAGGUGUUUUCAGUGUAGUUCUGAUAACGAUGGAAAAAAUCAAGAUAAUUGUGGGGCCUAUCGUAAGUUUGAUAAGCGGGAACACAUCGCGAUUGAAUGCACCAGCGAUGAAAGCCACAUGCCUGGUUCGUUUUGUUUAAAAAGCACGCGACAAAGCCCAAAAGGAUUCAUUUGGGAUGGACGAUGGAGACAAGUAAUACGACAAUGUGCUUCUGUUGCUGAAACGGGUAUUACAGGAGUUUGCAAUUGGGGUGUUUAUCCCAAUGGGGUCUUUUGGCAAGAGUGUUAUUGCUCAAGUGAUGAAUGCAACUCAACGACGACGCUAAAGUUAUCUUUUGGAUUAGGUUUUAUCGUUUUAUUAAACAUUUAUUAUUUUUAUUAGUUAAAACAAAAUUUAAUUAGUAUUAUAGAAUCUCAUCUAACAAAAAAUGUAUGUUAAGAAACCAAUCCGUCCAUAAUAUCAAAAACUUUUUAUAUUAAAACAAUUUUAUAUCAAAAA